GGGCUCACAAGGCUGAUCCUGCUGCUCAGGAGCAGACAGGCUGCAGGUUGCAUGGUCUCUCAGAGUCAGUGUCUUCAAUGAGAGCCCGCGAUGCCUGUGCUGUACACACCCAUCCCUCAGAACCUCCGCCUGGGCCUGGCUCACUACAGCAGCUCCCUCUUCACUAACAACAGGACCAGGGACAGUGGAGACGGGCAGGGCAGCAAAGCAGCACAUGAAAUGGUGUCCCACCUACCUCUGCAGAUGCUGCUCUACUUCAAUACCUACUAUUUUCCUUUCUGGUGGAUUUCCGAAGUUCUUAUGCUGGAGUUAAAGUACUGCUUGUUACCAGGCUACUACCAAUCUCUCCUGGUCAUUGGGAUGGUCAUCAUCACUCUUACGGAGGGCCUGAGACUCUACCUUGGUUAUGUAGGGAACUUGAAGGAAAAGGUUCCAGAGCUAGCUGGAUUCUGGCUCCUCACCUUCCUGUUCCAGCUCCCCAUUCUCCUGUUCUUCCUGACGGACGAGGCUAUCAUCAUCCUUCCACUGGAGAGGGCUGUCCACGUCAUCUACCUGCUCUUCCUCCUUUCUGAGGUGCUUGCAGCUUUCCUUGCACUCAGGGUGAUGACCCGGAAACUUACCCUGCAGUUCCACCUCAGUCAAUUCGAAGACACGGACAAAACCCUAGACAUCAACCAGGUGGUCCCCAUCCCACCAGGCAGAAGCAAAUUCCCCUGGACCAGAAAUAUUCAUGUUUAUUGAGAGGUUUAUUUAGCCUUUUGUUGCAUGUAUUGGUAAAAACGGGCUAUCCCCCAGGAGCUGAACAAUACUGUGUAUGAUGAAUGGUUAGCUCAAUUCACUCUAUCACAGAGCUAGCUCUUUAGCAGAGGUAACACUUUUAAAGACCUAAACCAAGUAGACAACUCUUUCAGCUAAUGCCUUAAUCAGUCCUAAGCAACAAGUCCCAUCAAUACUUACAUCCACAAGUAGUUUUUUUGAAAAGUAACUGGACAAAAGAACCUGCAGCAGAGUGAACAUGACUGGUUCUACACCAAAAGAUGGAAUCUUACACUAGCUAAAUGAACAGUUCAUUGGUAUUGAUGAUUACAAUGUAGUUUUUCAUUAAUGUUGGACAGAUCAAUAUUCAUGAAUAAAAAUAUUUUCAAAAGAC